AUGCAUACUAACAUGAGCUUUCUGUUCUUGAAUCCACAGAAAUACUGGGCAGAAACAUCAGUUUUUAUUGUGUUGUACUCUAAAUUCAUUGAAUUCAUGGACACGAUGUUUUUCAUUCUACGGAAACACUUCCGUCAGCUGACAUUUCUUCACGUCUACCACCAUGCCCUGACUGUUAUCAUCUUGUGGCUGGGACUGAGAUUUCUACCUCGAGGUCCAGUGAUUCUGUUUCCUCUCUUGAACACAUUCGUCCACACGUUGAUGUACACGUACUACGCCUUGACCACCCUGGGCUACAACAUGUCCAGUUGCAAGAAAUAUCUGACCAUGAUACAAAUCGCCCAGCAGACGAUGUUUCUGAUCGCGUGUCUACUCUACCAGAUCAACGACUGCCGCUACGUGAAAACUUUAGGCAAGUUCGUGGUGGUCUACGUCUUCAGUCUGUUGGUGUUGUUCUUCAACUUCUACGUCAAAUCCUACAUCAGAGGCGCCAGCAACAUUGAGCACAACAACAAAGAGAUGAUAAAGAGAAAAGAUGAAUAAAGAGUUGGCAUAGUCA